UUCAAGAACUGUUGAAUUGGAUUGUGUGUUGGGGAUUAUUAAAGUUUUAGCGUCAUCCAACAAGAAGAAGAAAUAGUAGGAAACAGAAGACUGUGAUUGGUUGUUCUAAGAAAAUGGCUGGUCAUUCGCUUACUUUUGUGCCUUUGCAACAGUUGCGAAUAUGGUACACUAGAAAUAACCUUUACACAGCGUUGUCUUUCGCAAAACACGGUGUUUUUGUGCGGUAUGUAAAGUUGUCAAACUUUGCAUACUUCAGAAUUGGAAAAAGAAGUGUACAUCAACUUCACUGCUGCAAGUCUGGUGGUGCUUCUCAGGCUGCUUCAAAGAAAACCGUGAUACAAGUUUUGAGAGAGCGAGGCCUUCUUGACCAAACGACGGGUCCAGAAGUUGAGAAACUUUGCCAAAAACCAGUAAGAAUUUAUGUAGGUUUCGAUCCUACCGCAGAAAGCCUUCACAUAGGAAAUUUGCUUGGAAUAGUGAUCCUUCGAUGGUUCCAAGCACACGGCCAUCAACCAGUGGUUCUAUUAGGUGGAGCAACUGGAAAGAUUGGGGAUCCAUCUGGGAAAAGUGCGGAGCGACCUUUGUUGGAUGACGAAACGAUAGCAAAAAACUUGCAAGGCAUUAAAAGAAACUUUGAACAGAUAUUGGUCUUUAGUCACGAUUCUUUUAACCCUGUGGAACCAAUCAUUCUGAAUAACGACGACUGGUUAGGCAAAAUGGGUUUCUUGGAGUUUCUGCGCGAUGUUGGAAAAUAUACUCGAGUUGGUACUAUGUUGGGUAAAGAAAGCGUUCGAAAUAGAAUGAACAACGAAGAAGGCAUUUCCUUUACAGAAUUUUCUUAUCAAUUAUUACAAGCAUAUGAUUUUGUUCAUCUUCAUAAACAUUAUGGAGUAGAUUUACAAGCAGGAGGAAGCGAUCAAUGGGGUAAUAUUGUUGCCGGGAAGGAUUUGGCUAGAAGACUGUUGGGAGCAAAUCUUCAUGGACUAACUUUUCCUCUACUGACGAGUUCAGAUGGACGAAAGUUUGGCAAGUCAGAAAAAGGAGCCAUAUGGUUAUCACCAGAAAAGUUAUCUCCCUUUGAGUUUUAUCAGUUUCUUUACCAAACCUCUGAUGCUGAUGUGAUAAGACUUUUGAAGUAUUUAACUUUCUUGCCACUAUCGGAAAUUGGAGAGCUCGAGUUAUCAAUGAAAAAUUCGAGUUUUUAUAAACCAAACACGGCACAGAAGCUUUUGGCAGAGGAGGUAACAAGACUUGUGCAUGGAGACGAAGGUGUUAAAUUUGCCCAAAGGGUAACGUCUGCAUCGUCUCCUGGUCGUCUUGUUGAGGAAUCUAUACUCGAUUUUGACACUUUGCGUCAAUUGAAAGACGAAAUACCAUCAAAAGAAAUCCGCAAAGAACAUUUACUGAAAAAAAGUCUGAUAGAAGUUUUAGUGGAAUGCGGCAUUAUGAAAAGUAAAAGUGAAGCAAAAAGAUUUAUUAUCAAUGGAGGUUGCUAUAUAAAUAAUCGAAGAGUUGAGGAACUUGAUAGAUCGAUUGGCCAAGAGGACCUCGUAGAGAACAGUAUGCUUCUUUUAGGAAUUGGCAAGAAGCAGAAAAUUCUACUGGUUGCAGUUGAAUAAAGGGAAGGUCAAAUCAGUCGAACACUCAAUUAGCUUAAGAAUACAGUUGAGUGGUUGACUAGUAACCGAUAUAGAUGUCCCAAACGAAUAGUAUUCCCCAUGCCAAACAACUAAUGCGGAGAAAGUGCCAAUAAAUACACAGAAUAGAGA